CGUCAUCAAAGAAGUGCAGACCGGCAUUUUGAAAGACGUGUUUGGUUCUGCAAGCCUCCGUUUUUCAAAGACUGCCGCGGCUAAAUCAAAGAAGCCAGAAUGGCUACAGAUGGCCUACAGAAAUCGAGGUUGCAGCACUUUAAAAACAAGGGCAAGGAUCAAGAAGAAAUGCGAAGGCGGCGAAAUGAGGUGACAGUAGAGUUGAGAAAGAACAAGAGGGAUGAGUCGCUGCUCAAGAGACGCAAUGUGCCCCAGGUGGACUCCACGGAUGAUGAAGAAGUUGACAGGGGCCACCCAGACCUCCAGGCUAUUGUGGCUAAUGCAAGCAGUGGGGAUCCCAAUGUCCAGCUCAGUGCAGUCCAGUCAGCCAGGAGGCUACUCUCCAGCGAUCGUAAUCCGCCUAUUGACGAUCUGAUCAACUCCGGAAUCCUCCCCAUAUUAGUUCAAGCCUUACGAAGGCAUGACAACCCUUCCUUACAAUUCGAAGCUGCGUGGGCACUAACGAACAUUGCAUCAGGAACAUCACAACAAACGCAAGCAGUUGUGAACGCAGAAGCAGUACCACUUUUCUUAGACUUGCUGAGAUCACCACACCAAAAUGUCUGCGAACAAGCAGUUUGGGCAUUGGGAAACAUAAUUGGGGACGGGCCACAGCUGCGAGACUACGUAAUUAAACUUGGUGUGGUAGAGCCACUGCUGUCGUUCAUCAAGCCUUCCAUGCCGCUAACGUUCUUGCGCAAUGUUACCUGGGUCAUUGUAAACCUCUGUCGGAACAAAGACCCUCCGCCACCCCUGGAAACUAUUCGGGAAAUUCUGCCUUCCCUAUGUCUCCUCAUUCACCACACGGACAACAAUAUCCUGGUCGACACGGUGUGGGCCAUUUCCUACUUAACGGAUGGUGGCAAUGAGCAGAUCCAGUGGGUGAUUGACUCUGGAGUGGUGCCUCUGCUGGUGCCCUUACUUAGCCACAAGGAGGUGAAAGUGCAGACUGCUGCCUUGAGGGCAGUAGGCAACAUCGUCACAGGCACUGACGAGCAGACGCAGGUGGUACUGAACUGUGAUGCACUGGCACACUUCCCUGCACUGCUGACACAUCCCAAAGAGAAAAUCAACAAGGAGGCAGUGUGGUUCCUGUCAAACAUCACGGCAGGCAACAACCAGCAGGUCCAAGCUGUGAUUGAUGCUGGUCUAAUUCCAAUGAUUAUCCACCAUCUAAGUAAGGGAGAGUUCCAGACACAGAAGGAAGCAGCUUGGGCCAUCUCCAACUUGACCAUUAGUGGCACCAAGACCCAGGUGUCCUACUUAGUGGAGCAGGGAGUUGUUGCACCUCUCUGCAACUUGCUGGUUGUGCGAGACCCCCAGGUGGUGCAGGUGGUCCUAGACGGCCUGAACAACAUCCUCAAGAUUGCUGGCACCCAGUUCUAUGCCGUGGCCAGCAGCAUUGAAGAGUGUGGUGGCCUCGACAAGAUUGAGGCUCUCCAGAAUCAUGAAAAUGAGGAGAUCUACAAGCUGGCCUAUGAGAUCAUUGACCAGUACUUCUCAGAUGAUGUGGACGAGGAUCCCACCUUGAUGCCACAAGCCUCUGACCAGGGUUACCAGUUUGAUCCCAAUGCUUCCAUCCCUACGGAUGGCUUCAAGUUCUGAUGGCCAUGCUCCGAGCCUCCCGUGACUACCACGGGCGGGGCGGGGAGAAUUGCUGCCACCGGGACAAGAGGGGAGGGGAGACGCCGCACCUCUAGCAAGCGCGGCUGGCAACAACAGACGAGUGGCAGUGCGUGCAACUGGUGUGCAGGAGAGUGAGCGAGGCAACUCGGACACCCGUCUUCUGUGUUGGAGGUGGCGCAAGUCGGCAGUGGCACGCCCCCGCUAGUGCUUCUGCAUGUUCGACACUUGCCUCUUGCGGUGUGGCCACCACCAACCGUCGCCAAGGGCGCUUUGCCCUCUCCUACUCAGCAUUUUUUGCCAUCGGUUACUAUCAUUGUCCAAUUCCCCUUGUGAAGACUCUUCCUGUCAAGCUAGACUGUAGAGAGGUGGUCGUAGCUGUUCACAUUGUUCUUCCCUUCCUUCAAUCUCUCCUCUGCCCUUGUCCGUGGUUAUUCUUACCGUAUUCCUUCAAAAGAGGUUGCUACUUUCUGUUUCUCUCUUUUUGUUACUUGCUUUUCCAUCUUUGUCACCCAUGCCUGGUGCUAACUUGGAGAGAAAUGGACCAAGCACUGAGGAAUUACUCUCUUUGCUUCUGUUUUUUUUUUUUCUUCUGUUUUUGCGUGUUCUUAAUAGGCAUGUGUGGCUGUGCCAGGUGUCCUGUCCUCUGCAUAGGUGCUUUGUCAUGUUAUGUACCCAACCUCCUUGCGUCAUGCCAGCGGGAUCUUGGCAAACAUGAGCAAAGGUAGGGAAAAAAAAAUGACUAAAGAGAGUAGGUCGUGCACAUGGUGUUGUGCUUGAAGGCAAAAGUAUUUUGACACUCUUUUGUGCAGGUUUUGCUUUUUAUUGCUUUUAGGAAUUGUGGUUUGCUGUCAGGUGUGAUACCUCAGAAUCUUCCAGAUGGGAGGAGAGAGAAGCUAGUGUGUAAUUAUAUGUCUGUAAUUACCGCCUAUCCACACUUUGGGUAACUCAAGCUAAGUUGUGUGAAAGCAGGCUUGCAAAGAAGCACAUGAUUGCAGCCAAAGCUGAAUUUUCUGAGAUAUACAUUGUUCAACAAAGCGAUCAAAGGCUGCUGUGCAGUGACAAAGCACUUUCUCCAGAGAGAGCGGGACCUCUGGACGAAUUGAGCACAAUAGCAAGAGCUGCAAAAGAAAUAAAAAACAGCAUCGCUGAAGAUCAGUUGUUCAUCCAGGUGCCUUAAGUUCGGGAAGCUUCCUGAUGUGCCCUUGAAGCUGGACGCAAAACAAGAAGAAAAAAAAAAGAAGAGCACAAAAUUUGUCGCCAACAGAAGAAGAAAAGGCAGCGCUGCUGUUGUGGCACUGUGGCAACGGUGAGAUUUGCCGGACACAGCCAACGAGCAUGAAGUGCCAAUCUGUGAACAUGUGGAGCUGGAGCUAAGGGACUGCUGCUGCUUGCUUCUGUGCUGUUUUCUAGUUUUCUGAGGCAUCCAGCUGUGGCUGCUUUGAUCCAUUUUGUGUUCCCAGUGGCAGUUAGACUGAGAGCAUCUGGGUUUUGUGAGCAGCUCCCAAAACAGUAGGGAAAAAGGGUACAAGUCCAGGAUUGAGGGAUGCCUUCAGUCAACUUGCUGGGGCAUGUACUUUUCCCAUGUAAAUAUUUACUGUGGUCCUGCAUUACAGCACUCAUUUGUGGCAGUAAUGCAGCCAGAAAGAGCAGGGUCUUUCUGGUUUGUUUUAAUUCUCGGCUUGAUUGCAUUGAAGCAAUCUUGGCCGCAACCUUUGAUUGUACAUGAGUCUGUUUUGCUCGAACUGACACCCCUUUUCCUUUUUAUGCCAUGAGCAAAACAUUAGGUGUUUAUAAUGUAGGAUUUGUACACAAGUAUGCUUAACAAAUUGUAAAACCAUGUGAGGACACACAUGAUGGUUGUGUCACAAUUCGGGAGGACCUUCGUCAAAGAUAUUUUACAAGAUGGGCAGAGCUAAUGUACAAUUCUUUGACCCAGUGGCUGCUUUCGCAGUGAUGCUCUGUUUUGAGCUUGCUGAAAACCCAGAGGCUUUUCCUUGACAUUUAUUCCCCCUCGUGUGUGUUGUGACCUGGGCGAUUAAAGGUUAUCGCUCCUUUAUUGUUUCGAGCACUGUGAGAAGUUUUGAUGGCCAGUUUAAAGCUAGUAUUAUAUUUGGGACUGAAUUUUUUACUGCCUGUUUUGUCCUCGUGUGUUUAGGCCUCUUUCGUGAAUAUGCAAUAGCUGCGUGGUUUCACAAACAUUUGGGACUGAAUUUCUUACUGCCUGUUUUGUCCUCGGGUGUUAAGGCCUCCUUCGUAAAUAUGCAAUAGCUGCGUGGUUUCACAAAUUGUAGGUCUGGCUGUACGUACAUUUCUUGUUGCAUCUAGCUUUAUUCACAAGCCCUCCAAGGAGUAUGGUCAUGGCACGCAGCCAUUGUUUUAGGAUCAACAGUAUGCCCAUUCGGUUCGUUGGCACAGCUACACCAUUCUCAUAAGGUGGCCAGUGUCCCGGAUUGUCUGUGUUCUAUUUGCGGCAAAGAACAUACAAGAAUGUGCUGAUCAUAUCGUCAAAGUAUAGGUAAAAAAAUGUUAUCUGGAUCUAUUUUUCUUUUCUCUCUCUCUCUCUCUUAGUGCCAGUAAAGUUCUCGAGGCACCGUUUUGUGAACUUGCAGUGUGCACUAAGUGCUGAAUUUGAAGUUGCUCAAAUGACCCUUUAUUUUCUCUGGAAGGAGUGUUAUCCAGUCUGCGCAGAAACGUGUAAUUGCAGGAAGUAUGAGACUCGUCUCUUGUGGAUUGCUGUGUUAAAGCUUCCCAAACGUCCAUAUUCAAGUGGAUCGAAACGCCACCUUGUGAUAUACACUGUCUGAAGAAAAGUUUCUCUCUCGCCUUGAAGGAUCGUUAUACCAGGGUGCAGUUGUGGGGAGGUGGAGCCUGGCAAUCCUUAGUGUUGUUCUUUGGUAGCAUUCCUCCUCCGCCUCUCUGGGCCUCGUGUAGUGGGCUCUGGUGGGCAUGCAACGUACAGUGCACUACGAGACUAGUAUAACCUGCUGUGGUUUCAUCCUCUCUGUUGCCCCCCCCCCUGUGAGCAUUGUCUCGGGGGCUGUAUGUGUGUGUGUGCAUGAUUGUGUGUUCGUGCAUUGUUGGGCACAGCUUGGUGAACUUGAAGGACUGUGUGCAUGUGUGUGCUGCUAAAUGCUUGUUACUAGCGGCCACUGUUUUUUCUCAAAGCCGGUGACAGCUUGUUAAGGGCGUAUUUGAUGCCUGCAUAUAUUUUUUGCUGAGCCAAACUGUCAGCCACUGCAGAUUUUUUGUGAAAUGAGCUCAAUAGACACCUCCUUGAUAGGCCUUAUUCAAAUUGAAUCAUCUGUGACCACUCGCAUGGUGCAUGCAGGACGUUGGCUUGCUCAGCUCUCGAAUCAAGUUCACCAAGGUGUGAUAAAUUCCUCUUUUGAGCACCCAUUGUCUUUGUUGGGUGAACAGCAGCUGACAGUUAGUAACUAAUUAAUCUGUCGUCGGCUUUAUGCCUUAAAUUAUUUUUCUCCGCCAGAGGGUCCUGCGUCUUACAGCCUAGGGCAAAGAAAGCCGAGUGCUUGUUAUUUUGAUGUUACCUUCCUGUCAAGCUGGUGUGCCCUGUGCGUUUCUGGACUGUGUGCAGUGCAUAUAUAUAUAUAUAUAUUCUUGUUUUUGUUUUUUCGUUUUGGCGUCUCGAUGCUCUUUAGAUGUCGUGGUGCACCUUUGUAAGGAAAACAAAUGUCUCCAAGGAGGACCAUUGUACAUACACUGCAAAGCAAAUACUACCUGUAAAUUUCUUUUUGGUGGGAAUCGAAAUUUGUUUUCCUUGCAAAGAUGUUUCUCCUUUAAAGCUCCUUGCAGGCUACCUUUAGGUUUACAAAGAGUAACAUGAAAUUGAAAAUUUUUUUAUACUGUAUAGGACAUGCUAUUUCAAUCGGCACACAAUUUAAAGGGUGAGUGAAAUGCCCCUUGUAAACCGAGGUGCCAUGGCAAAUAAAAAAAAAGUAUGAACCUGGUAA